CCGAGGGGCGUGCCAAAAAGUGAUGCCGCGCGCCACCGAGGGGAAGCGCGCGCAGGUUACGAUGGAGGAGAGGUAGAGUGUGGUGUGUAGCUAGUGCGGCGUUACACAUUUCUAAAUGUAAGCAAAUUAAGGGGCAGAUAUCUGGUUUUCGUCUCCAGUUCAUCAAACAACACAUCUCGGUCGGACUUCGACUUAGGUUGAAAUUCUCGUUUGACUCCUGAAGAAGCCAGCUCACUUGAACGGCCAGACAUGCCGAACAUAAAGAUUUUCAGCGGAAGCUCUCACCAAGACCUGUCUCAAAAGAUCGCUGAUCGCCUGGGACUCGAGUUGGGAAAAGUCGUCACCAAAAAAUUUAGUAACCAAGAGACCUGCGUGGAGAUCGGUGAGAGCGUGCGCGGGGAGGAUGUCUACAUCGUCCAGAGUGGCUGUGGCGAGAUCAACGACAACCUGAUGGAGCUGCUGAUCAUGAUCAAUGCCUGCAAGAUCGCCUCGGCCUCCCGUGUCACCGCCGUCAUCCCCUGCUUCCCCUACGCUCGACAAGACAAGAAGGACAAGAGUCGCGCCCCCAUCUCCGCUAAACUGGUGGCCAACAUGCUGUCUGUCUCUGGAGCCGACCACAUUAUCACCAUGGAUCUGCACGCUUCUCAGAUACAGGGCUUUUUCGACAUCCCUGUGGACAAUCUGUACGCGGAACCCGCCGUGCUGAAGUGGAUCAAGGAGAACAUCCCUGAAUGGAAGAACUGCACCAUCGUGUCUCCAGAUGCAGGAGGUGCUAAAAGGGUUACCUCUAUCGCCGACCGCCUGAACGUGGACUUCGCCCUCAUCCACAAAGAGAGGAAGAAAGCCAAUGAAGUGGACCGCAUGGUUCUGGUCGGGGACGUCAAGGACCGAGUUGCGAUCCUGGUGGAUGAUAUGGCGGACACCUGCGGCACAAUCUGCCAUGCUGCCGAUAAACUUCUGUCAGCUGGUGCUACCAAGGUGUAUGCCAUCCUGACCCAUGGCAUCUUCUCUGGCCCGGCCAUCUCGCGCAUCAACAAUGCCUGCUUCGAGGCUGUGGUGGUCACCAACACCAUACCACAGGAAGAGAAGAUGAAGCACUGUUCCAAGAUACAGGUGAUUGACAUCUCCAUGAUUCUGGCUGAGGCCAUUCGCAGGACUCACAAUGGCGAGUCUGUCUCCUAUCUCUUCAGCCACGUUCCCUUGUAACAGCUGCCCUCCAGGAGCCCCCAUACCUGUCUGCAGAAACAGGAAGGGGCCCUAGACCCAGGCCACCCCUGCUCACCCUGCCACGCCUUACAAAGCUGCCCCCCCCCCCCUUUACCUGUAAGGAGAGCCAUGUUUCACAGGCUUGCUCGGCACCCCAGCAUUCACCACGCCAUGGGUCCAGUGGUUCUGAGGAAUGACUGUCUAAUUUCUACUCAGCCAUUGUGAUUCCACCUGGGGCAUCUUCCUCCUCCCUCCAGCUUGCUCCAUGUUAGCCCCCCCCAUAUAUUUUGUUACAAUGGCUGUCAGUGUGUUUGACAGUUGGGCACAUUAAACGCUGACUUAAGUAACCUAGUUCAGUCUUACUCUACUAGUCUGUCCAGAGGCAGUUUUCCACAGUAAACGGAACAUGAAUGUGUCAUAGGUAUCAGUGCUGCCGAAGCCAGGUUGGAAAGCAGUUCCACAAUGCAUGUGUGGGGAUGGUAAAGAUGUAUAAUUUUGUAAAGACACCCCCUCCAAGCCCCCCCUCGUGCCUCUAGUCCUUCAAGUUGGUUUAUCUAGGCAGCAGCUUUGUUGAUAAACAAGCUGUUUGCUUUUUUGUUUGUUUGUUUUUUUUUUUUUAACUUGUCAGUUCUUUGGAAAGCUAAUUUUAGUUCACUGUUUCUAAACGAGGUCAUCUGUCUGCGCUUGCAUCCCCCAAAUGACUCCCCUCUUGGUAUUUGCUGAAUGUGCAGCAUUGUCCGUGUGCAGUUCCAUGUGUUCUGCGUGGAUAAAAGUAUCAACCAAGCGAAUGACUCCGUGUUUGUGCCCCUCACACACCUCUUACUUGAAAGUGCUAGAUUAAAUUUGAUCCAAAUUUUUGAAAGUAUCUAAUGCAUUUAUGGACCUGAUGUUUAUAGGUUGGGCAAUGUUUUUUUUUUUUUUUUUUUUUUUUUGGCUUAUGUGAUUAAACCUACACCAGAACGACAGCACUGCAGAAUGUGUGUGUGUAUGCACAAAGGUGCAUACAUUACCUGUUUAACCAUUUUCUCUUACUUCCUACUACUUCAUGGAUUUAAGGAGCAUCAGUGUCUGCAACUGACAGAUGAAUUACACAAAAAUGUGGCUAGGUUUUUUGUUGUCGAGGGCAAUCAUAAAGAUGCAUGGUGUAAUUGGAUGCCGAGGGAUUCUCAUACAGGGAAUUUUAUUUGGCUUUGGUUCCUCCCCUGCCAUGACCGGAUAUUGUACACUUGGCCAGACCUCUUCAUUAAAAUCACGGUGAAGAACUUAUUCUCUGUCACUGAAGCAAGGUGCAGCUCGUGCAAUAGGGCCUCUCAGGAGAGUAGUGCACUUUUUUUUUUUUUUUUCCCUGGGCAGCUGUCCGGAAACGCGUAAUGCCUUUGAUAAAACACCACUGUUGUUCCAACGCUUAAUAUUAAAUCCACAGCAGAAAGUUAACAGUAAGCAGUACUCGUGGAACUUUUUAUACGAUCUGCCAUUUGUUUGGGUUUCCUGUCACAUCCUGGGGCUUACGUAGUCUUCAGCAAAAUUAUCACCGUGUAAGUAAUUGGUAAACUGGCAUUGUCUUCAGGUGAUUCUUAAAAUCCAACUGCCAGUUUGCAUCUCUAUGGCUGUCGUAACCUUGACUGAGUGGGUGGGUGAUGUGUUUGCGCUAAAAUCUGUGAACUCACUAAUUUCAGUGUUUCCAAUGAAAACAAGUGCAUUGCUAGCAGUA